AUGAACGACGUUCUCAUCAACUCCGUUCACCCUCUCCCUGCCAUCCGGGUCAAACCCUCGUCGACCACCCCCGGUCCCGCACCCUCACUCAAGCCUGGGCGCUCUGCCUCUAUCAAGAAACAGCAUCAGCCGCCAUCCCGUAGUGGCGCUCUCGAUUCUAUAUCCCGUGCCAUCAAAGGUGCCAACAACCUGGUCUUGUCUCUCCGCGAUGGUCUAUCCGAACUCGAGCGAGAGAACCGAAGGAAACAAGAUGAGCGGAAGCAGAUUCUGUCGUUACGCAUGAAGGAUGCCAACACUAGAAAACAGUGGCAAGAAGCUGCCGAGGAGCUUGACAUCCUUGAAGAAAAUGACCUUUGGAAGUUGGAUCCCUACACAGGCGACUAUUACCCCGGAUUAAUCGAAGCUCGCUUGAAAGAACUCGACGAUGCGCGGACAAAUUGCGAUACCCGAGCCAUGAUGCACCUCGUACGCACCGCCCUCUGCAGAGACCUCGGCGGCAUGGGGAAUGUCGAUCUGUACAGGCAUUCCUACGUUGGAACCAAACAACUCAUAGAACGCUACGUAGACUCGGCUAUCCAGACCAUCGACGGUCUCGUUGAAAAGAGCCAGUAUGCCCUGCCAGAGGGCAUGGGGCAAAGAGAUAUCCUUGAGAGCGUUUUGUUCGCCCGCCAGAGCUUUGGCCGGAGUGCAUUGCUUCUGAGCGGAGGUGGAACCUUGGGUAUGUCCCACAUCGGCGUCCUGAAAGCCCUUUUCGAUGUAAAGCUGCUGCCGCGCAUCAUAUCGGGUGCCUCAGCUGGCUCCAUCGUGUCUGCCGUUAUAUGCACCAGGACCGACGAAGAAAUACCCCGCCUCAUCAAGGAGUUCCCGUAUGGCGAUCUUGCCGUUUUUGAUGCCGAACAGAAUCCUGACGGAGUCUUCGAUCAUAUGCGAAGACUGCUCACCGAAGGCAGUUGGUCCGACAUCAAGCACCUGACCCGUGUGAUGCGAGGCCUAGUGGGAGACCUCACGUUCCAGGAAGCAUAUAACCGGACACGGCGAGUCUUGAACAUUUGCGUUUCCACCGAAUCCAUGUACGAAUUGCCGCGUCUACUCAAUUACAUCACGGCACCCAACGUCAUGAUAUGGUCGGCAGUGGCUGCAUCGUGCUCCGUUCCGCUGGUGUUCAGCGCGGCUCCAUUAUUAGUCAAGAACCCUGACACCGGCGAGCAUAUGCCCUGGAACCCGACGCCACAGAGAUGGAUUGAUGGCUCUGUUGACAAUGACCUGCCCAUGACGAGGCUGGCUGAAAUGUUCAACGUGAAUCACUUCAUUGUUUCUCAAGUAAACCCUCACGUCGUGCCCUUCUUGGCGCGGGAUGACCAGCUGGAACCCGAGGAUACAUCGAACCGUCGAACAGGCUUCUCGUCCAACAAACAGGAGCUCGAUUGGGUCUAUACACUUACGGCACUUGCCAAGGACGAGGCUUUGCACCGCCUGCACUUCCUCGCCGAACUUGGUGUCUUCCCGAAUGUUGUGACGAAGCUUAGGAGUAUUCUCAGCCAGAAGUACUCGGGUGACAUAACCAUUUUGCCAGAAAUCAACGUUCAUGAUGUCCCGAAAAUUCUCAGCAAUCCAACCCCAGAAUUCAUGCUACGGGCUUGCCUGAUGGGCGAGCGGGCUACGUGGCCGAAGCUCAGUCGAAUUCGCGACCGCUGCGCCAUUGAGCUCGCCCUUGAUCGAGCUGUACAUCGCCUGCGUGCCCGCGUAGUCUUUUCUGAUAGUCAAGUAGAUCUGCGCCGACUCACCACCGGUAUCGUCCUUCCACCUCCAUGGCCGAAAUCAACAGGAUGUACAAAAUUGGCUCCGCCCGGCGGCCCUGCUACCGCCCUGGAUACAGAGAUUGUCAAGAACCGCCAGCGAAGAUGCUCAGGCAGUAGUGUUCAGCUCAUGGCGCACCACCGUCGCAUGAUGGAUAAUGUGCUUACAGAUGAAGAAACAGAAGAAGAGGAGCGCCUUGAAAUGCGCUCAAGACACGGUCAUGCAAGCUCAUCGCCUGUUGUCGUCCGCAAGCCUCGCCUCAAAAGGGCGGCCAAGAGUCAUUUCAAUGUAUCGUUGGCUCGGGGGCCCAUGACGAGCCCCAUUAACCCAGCACAACUCGAGGCCGUUGAAUUUGAUUUUGGAAAACCUGUAACGCCGCCCCUACAUCGUUCGCGACACUCGGAAGGUUCACUGUCACACAGCCUGAGCAUGACCCCUGCCAUCGAAGCCGAUCCAGCGGCUCCAGCGUCAAGAGGCGAGGUGACAUCACAUACAGAGCUCGAAACAUCAGAUUUGCACUCUUCUGAUGGGGAUGUAGAGUCUCGCACAGAGGACACAAUGUCAGAUGUCGACCCAUACAGCCAGAACUGGUUACACGAUGAAACAGUAGCCCCAAAGGACAAACCCCUUUCCGAGGUCAGCAGUCGUGAGCUUGUUUCGGAUGGGAGGGUGAGCUCCUCGGACGAGGAAAACAAAACAAGCGAGAAGAAGGGAGUGGUUGAGCAAGUGGCCGAUGAAGACGACGUUCUCAGGUCCAACUGGAUGAGCUGGGACUAG